AUGCAGGUAACGAUCACCCGCACCAUACAGAUACCAGACGAGAUCGAAUCUAUCAAUGAGCUUGAGGGCCGCAUACACAUCUUUGGUCUGAGACUGAUGCGCGAGAUUCUGUGCGAGGUGUGGCAGUUGUGUCAGCGGCUGCGCUGGGCAUGUGAGGUGUGCGGAAGCGACCGGAUAACAGGGGAGGGCUAUCGAGACUACGGCGUCAUGACGGUGUUCGGACGAGUGAAGCUGAAGCGACACAGGGUGAAGUGUCACGAAUGCACGAGUCUCAGUCAGCCAGCUGACAGCAUGUUGAAAGAGGUGAGAGGAGGUCAUGCAAGCAUCAGGUUCGCUGAGUUGGCGUCUCUGAGCGGAGCGUCGUGGCCAUACGAACAGGCGGCGACCGUGCUUGAGAAGAUGGUUGGGGACAAGGUGAGUCACGAGCAGGUGCGCAGACUGACGAACAGACAUGGACAGGAUGCGGUCGAAGCUCAGCUCAGAGAGGCCGAU